AUGUCUUUUCUUUCAUUUACAUCACCAUAUUUUAUUUCAUUAAAUCUUGUUGAUACUCAUCUACUUGAACGUUUUGAACGUGCUGGAAUUAAAAAUUUAACAGAUCUAUCAGUUUAUACACCACUUGAACUUUCAUUUAAAUUUCGUUUAUCAAUUUCUGAUGCGGAGCAAAUUCUUGAAAAAUUAUUUUCAAUAUUAACAAUACAAUCAAAAAAUGUUUAUGAUAUGUUAAUUCAAACAUCAUUUUCAUAUAUUCCGACAAAAUUACCAUCACUUAAUCGAUAUCUUAAUGGUGGUCUACGACGUGGAUCACUUAUUGAAUUAUGUGGAUCAUGGGGUAGUGGCAAAACUCAAUUUUGUCUUCAUCUUACUGCUGAAUGUUGUUUAAUGGGUUUACGUUCAAUUUAUAUUGAUACUGAACAUACAUUUUCAUCUAUUCGUCUAUUGAAUAUGAUCGGUGGUUUUGAUAGUAAACAAGAAUAUCUACUUGAACUUGUUCGUACAGAAAUUGUAUUUGAUUCCGAUUCAUUAAUGAAAAUUUUAACAUCGAUUGAAAAUGAAUUAGAAGAAGAAUCAAAGAAUAAUACACCAGAUCAAUGUCCUGCUUUAUUAAUUAUUGAUUCAAUUGCUGCACCAUUACGAACGUCUACUAUGGGUUAUAGUCGAGAAAAUGUUCUUCUAUUAUUUACUGAUUGUACUAAAAGACUUGCUGCACGAUACAAUCUUCUUGUCUUAGUAACGAAUCAAGUGACAACUAAACGUCGUUCAAAUGUUUUAUCAGAAAAGAAUGAUAAAAAUAUAGCCAAUGAUUUUUAUACAAGUGUUGCACUUGGAAAAGCUUGGUCAUAUUCAGUAAAUGUUCGUCUUGCUAUAUCCUAUCAAGGUGAUACACGUCGACAACUUAUUGUUGGUAAAUCAAUUGAAUCACCAGCUUAUACAAUAGCAUUUCGAAUAUUAACAAAUGGUUUAGAAGAAAUUGCUGAUAAUGUAGAUAUUAAUACUCAACGAAAAUCAUUCGAAAAACAAUCUAUACCAAAACUAAUUCAAGCUGAUGAAAUACAUCUUAUUGGAAAACAAUUACGACCUUAA